AGUAAUUUGAAUAUUUUAACAGUUCUAUUGACAUGGGGAUGUGACGUCACUGCGGCGGUUGGUUGCCGCUUCUUGCCGUUGUCAUUCUCGCUGACAGCAACCGGGAGGUGAAGCUUUUUUCCGGCUCUCAAACUCAGGGGAACAUGCGCUCCCUCGUAGGACUAAUUACGGUUGUCGCCGCAGCCAGCUUGUAUCUAUAUUCCCUGUCCUUGUACCUCCCCGCGGGACCAAGAAAGCGUUCUGUCCGGAGCGCCGAGACUGGACAUGUGUCCAAGGAGCAACAGCAGCAGCCCGGUGACUCCUUAGAAGAAGAAGAGCCCAGCAGGUUAAAAUUCCCUUCAGACUUGGAGGAGCUGCGGGAACUCGCUGAACUCUUGCAGUUCUACAAGACAGAGCACACUGGAUAUGUCCUGCUCCUCUUCUGCAGUGCUUAUCUCUACAAGCAGUCCUUUGCUAUUCCUGGAUCCUCAUUCCUGAACAUUCUUGCGGGAGCUAUAUUUGGACCCUAUCAAGGACUGCUGCUUGCCUGUGCGCUCACAACUGUGGGCUCUACGAUGUGCUUCCUCCUCUCCCAAGUCUUUGGAAAGCACUACAUUGUGAACCUCUUCCCAGAUAAAGUCUCCACGUUACAGAGAAAGGUGGAGGAAAACCAGGACUGUCUGUUCUUCUUCUUGCUCUUCCUGAGGUUCUUUCCCAUGACUCCCAACUGGUUUCUGAAUAUGUCUGCCCCGAUUGUAAACAUUCCCAUCACCUUCUUCUUCUGCUCAGUCUUCAUUGGCCUCCUGCCAUACAACUUCAUCUGCGUCCAGACAGGCGUCAUGCUAUCUGAGGUGUCGUCGCUGGAUGACUUAUUCUCCUGGGAGCGGCUCCUGCAGCUGCUGGCCAUCGCCUGCAUGGCUCUGCUGCCAGGUGCCCUCAUCCGUCGCUUCAGUCAGAAGCGACUCAAACUUGGCAUCCAGUCACAGAAUGGACUCGAUAAGAAGGUCCAGUGAUCCAUCCUGGGACUGAGUUUGUUUGUUAGCAUACUGAUGCUUUCUGCCCUCGAGCGAAUGAAACACACACACGUGUAAAGUGCUUUAAUGUUGCAGAGCCACCUGGACAAGUCGCAGUGGGAGUAUUUGAGGAGAAUUAUGUCCUACUAGAUGUUUCCGUGCCACAUGUUGGCACAGCAGUAAAUGUUUAUAGAUGUAUGAAUGUACAGUGGUGACACAAAGGGGAAGGAGGGGGACAUUUUAAGGAAACUUUGCUCUUGCACUCAUGUUCAGAAAGCAAGUGUUCAAAGUGCCUGUUGUGGAGUUUUGGACUCACACUUCUACCUCCAUGAGCACCAGAAAGAGAUGGUGUAAAUGUUUGUUGAUGAUGGUUUUGUGGGGCUUUUAUGAUUUUUCUUUUUGGUUAUGUGUACAGCACACACACUAUACAAGUAGGUUAUUUUUUAUUGUUUUGACAAUCGCUUCUUGCAGUUUCAGUGUCAUUCAUUUUUUGGGGGGUGUCAUUUAGAGGCCAGAAUUUGACCUCUGGAAAAGCAGCGUGACCGGUUUUAAUGGCUCGUUAUAUGGGACGUGUUUACAGUAUUAAGGUGUUCUUCUGUAUUAUUGUCUGAAAACCGAUGUGCAGUUAAUUCGGGUGACGUGACGCUUUAAUCCUGCUACAAAAAUCCUUCUUUGCAGUCUUUUUAUUGGUUUAGCAGUAAAAGGUCUUUCUUCUGAAUUGUACAUUUUGUUUUAAUGUAAUGUGUUUCAAAUUUAAUGUGUGGUGAUCUCGUGCACAAUGAAGAUGAAGCAGAAUCACUGAGCAGAAGCUCCAGUGCACUCGGUGGAUGAGGGGGUUUGUUUUUUAAUGGUUACACGUUUUACUUACAUCGGGCUUUUUUCAGUGUGACGGACCUUUGGUGUGUCAGAUUCUAAGUGUUGAAAGCACCUUUAUUAGAGAGGUACAAAACCUUUGAAAUAAUAAACCGUGAAAACAG